AUGCCACAUAAAAGCCCAGAGAACCCGGGAAACGUGGCUCAGGAGAAGUUCUGGAAGCGGGCGCUGUGGGGACUUCCGCUAUUCGGCUUGAUGUGCGCCGGAGCCGGUACAGUCGGGGCGACGAUGCUCCAUAUCAGGCCGCACAUGGAAGCGCUACUCGAGCACGGCGUUUGGACGGCCAGUUCAGGGGAAACUUUCAAUGUCCACGAGCCAAUUUACAAUGGCCGGUUUCUGGAUGAGAUAUUUCGACCUGUCAUAUUGUGCUUCAUGCCGUCGAUUACUGGGGCACAUGCGCAAUCAUGGACGCAGAUGUUCAGCUUUAUUCCGGAGUUCGGCGCUGUGUAUGCGAUCUGGUUAUUGGAGGGGUAUCGCAAAGAUCAUUCCUGGCGUGGAUUAUUGUUCCCCAUCAUCAUUGGCCAAGCAGCCCAACUACUUUCCGUUGCUGUGUUCGGCCCGCUCUACUACUUACUCCAGUACAUUUUCAACCCACUGCACAAAACAGUACAAAGCAAUAACCGCGAGAUAAAGCCAACGUCAACAUACACUCUCCUCGCAGCCCUAGCAGCAGCACACUACAUCCCCUCCUACGCCAGCUUCCUAGCCCCAGACCUCAAAGACAGGCAACUGUGGAACGCAGCAUGGCAAAUCUUCCCUCUAACAGUCCCCCUCCUCCAACUCCCACUAUCACUCUUCUUCCAAACCACGCUCCCUACCAACCCAAACCCAAACCAAGAUCCAGCCGUAGGCUCCAUCACGUCACGCACACAAGACAAACAAAAUAGUCUAGCCGCAGUGCGCGUCGUGUAUAGCUCGCUAGCCCUGAUCUCAGCAGUCGGAUUUGUGUACGCACGCACCACUGUGCCAGCGGAGUCCUCGAUGCUGGAGAUUUUCUGGCCGGGGCUGGAUGGGUAUGUCUUGUCGGGUGAUGUGUCGUUUGAGGAGGGACUCGCGCGGUUCCUGCAGUAUGACCAGAUCAGUUCAAUGGCGGCGGGAUUCGUGUGGCUUUGGUUGCGGAUGCGGGAGUUGAAGAUGUUUGGAGCUGGAGUCUCUUGGUUCAGAGCUGUUGUGGGGUUGGUGGGUGUUACGUGGGUGUUUGGGCCUGGGACGGCAUUUGUGCUUGGGUGGGGGUGGAAGGAGGAGGUACUUCACAAGCUGGGAAGUUGA